AUGGGAAAUUGUCAUUUUAAGUCUGAAUUUGAGACGGAAAACGUCACUGCACUAACCAAAGCAAAUUUUACAUAUUAGUAUUGUGUUGGAAAAGGAGGUUUCGGCAAAGUAUGGAAAGUCGAGAGGAAGAAAUCAAAGUAAUAAUAUGCGAUGAAAGAGAUGUCUAAGGCUAGAAUUAUUACAAAGCGAAGCAUUAAGUCUGUAAUGAACGAAAGAUAAAUUCUCACUUAGCUUCACAAUCCUUUUAUCGUCAAUAUGUACUAUGCAUUCUAAGAUAGAGAAAAUUUGUAUUUGGUUAUGGAUAUUCUAAAUGGAGGAGAUUUGAGGUAUCAUAUAUGCAAGUAUAGAAAGUUUUCUGAGGAGUAAACAAGAUUUAUGAUUGCAUGCUUAGUAGCUGGACUAGAGUAUGUCCACAAUAAAAAUAUCAUACAUAGAGAUAUAAAACCAGAGAAUUUGGUCCUUGAUGAUCAAGACUUUGGGAUUGCAAGAGUCUGGAGGCCAGAAAACGCUUAAGAUACAUCUGGAACUCCAGGCUAUAUGGGUAAUAAAUUAUAUUAAUAUAUUGAAAAUUUAGCUCCAGAAGUAAUGUGCAGACAAAAUCAUGGAGUAGCUGUUGAUUAUUUUGCCGUUGGAGUCAUGGCAUUUGAAUGCAUGUUUGGAAGGAGACCAUAUGUUGGAAAAACAAGAAAAGAAAUAAGAGAUCAUAUCUUAUCAAAGCAAGUUUAGAUAAAAAGAAAUGAAAUCCCUAGAGGAUGGUCUUUGGAAGCAGCAGAUUUCAUAAAUAAAACCAUACAAAGAAAACCUAAUAAUAGAUUAGGAUUAAAUGGUCCAAACGAAAUUAAAAAUCACCCCUGGCUAAAGGACUUCCCUUGGUAGGAUCUCUGGGACAGAAAAAUCAAGCCACCCUUUGUUCCACCUAAAGAGGACAAUUUCGAUUAAAAAAAUAUAAAUGAAGAUUGGAAAGAUCAAGAAGAGGAGUAAUUUAAACAGAGUGUAUUAAUGCUAAGAAGAAACUCAGUCCAAGCUCUCUUUAAUGGAUACUAUUACGAUUAUCAAUUAGCAGCAUUAAGCUAGAACUAAAUGUACUUGAACACUUAAGAGUAGUAAUUCAUAUAAAAAGGAGGCAGAGCCCCAAUUCCUGCUCCUAUGAUCUAGGUUGCAAGAUAGGAAUAUAAUACUGCUAAAGUAAAUGAAAACCUAGAAGAAACAUCAUCAUUUAAUUAAUCAUAAGGGCCAUCCUUCUAUAAUAGAAAAGCUUCUCAAACAGUCAACAUAAGCUAGCAAUAAUAAAUUCAAUAAUAAUUUUCAUAGACUCAACAGAUUAGACUACAUCAUUCAAAUACAUCUUAAGGCAUUCCUCCAUCAAAAAUGAAAAGACCAUCUUCAAGAUCUGGGACUGCAAGCACAAAAAACAGCACAAUAUCUUAAGGUAACACAGCCCCAUAGAACUUCUAGCAAUUAAUGAGAAAAUCUACUGCUUCAUCAUAAGUAAAAUAAUCUUCAUAAUAAGAAGCAGCUCCAGCAAGACAAUCAAAUAGUAAACUAUUUUCUUCGACAAUAAAGCGUAUCUGA